UUAGUAACGGUCGUGUUUUCUUUCACUAACUGUAGCUACUAGCCAGGGCUUGCGAGUUAGCAUUGUAGCUAGCAGUACGUUAUAUUGCCAAUGCUUAAAUGGCCGACAGCUGAUUUCUUUCCCUUUGAUAAGUGAAACCUUGUCACAGGAUCUUGACGGUUAUCGGUGUUUAGUGUGCGAGCGGCUUUCUUGUAUGUCGAGGGUAGCGGUGGGGCUAUUUUAGAGGAGCCAGUUGACCUUUUCAAGUGGGGGAGCUAGCAGCAGCGUCUGUAGCAAAACAGUCCUGUGACGACGUGUUGUGUGACCAGCUAGCAAUGGUGCAAGGACGGGGGAGCGUCAUCAAACCAGAGUGAAAAGCCCGUGUGUUCAUCUGGCAAACAAAACAUGCCUUCCACCCUUCACUGACAAUUAAAAUGUUGUGACAGCCGUCAAAGUCCUGUGUGACAGACUUCCUUCGAAAACUGGAUACAACCUCCACAGAAGAUGGAGGACUCUCCUCACUUGUACAUCUCUGAGUUUGGAGACAGUGAGGAUAUAGAGGAGGACGAGGAAGACAUUUAUCAAGAGGAAAGUAACAUGGAACCAGACACACCUAAUUCACUUAAUGCAGAUCUUCAUGAACAUCCUGGCCAGGAUACCGAGAGUGGCUGGGACUCUUUUCCCUGUCAGCACUGUAAGAGACAUUUUACCAGUAAACAAGGCUUGGAACGACACAUGCACAUCCACACUUUGGCAAACAACGAGGCACACGCAUACAAAAGCAAUAAGAGCAUCAUAUCUUUUGGUUCAAAUUUAGGUCAGCUGCAGCAUGAAAAGAUGAAGCCUUUGGAUUCAGAAGGCUCAGUCACGCAGCCUCAUACUUCAUCCCCCACAAGCUCUAAUACUUCCAUUUUGUCGGCUGGAGAAAACAUUGCUCAGCCAGACAAACAGGGAGUAUUAGAGGGGCAUCAUGCUUGUAAGUACUGUGAAAAAAUAUUCACCACUCAUACCAACAAGCGACGACAUGAGCGCAGGAUCCACGAGCAGCAUCUGCAACACACAGAAAAAACCCAGCUGCCCCAGGAGGAAAGUCUUCAGAGGAUUAUCAGUGCAACAUCGCAAGAGGAAACAGAGCUCAGUGAAAAUACAGCACCUGCAGCUGUUGUGGAGAAUGAAGGGGAGCACACAGAACAGUACAUGCUAGAUGUCUCUAGCAAUAUUUCAGAGAAUCUCAGCUUUUACAUAGACGGAAAGAUAGUGUCAACGAGUACAGUCAGUAGCUGUGAAGCAGCUGAGGUUCAUUCUGGGUCUUCAACUUUAGUCGGACUGGAUGCCUUGAUUCUAGACCCCACCCAAAUCAGCCAGGUUUUAAAUCCAGAUUCAGUCACAGGUAAAGAAAUACCUGGUCAGCCAGUGGCCAAGAGAAGAACUGCGACACCACCUCUUUUACCACAAAUUAAAACUGAACUGGAGUCUGAGGUGGUCGUGUCUUCAUCCUCAUCGUCACUUGUGUCUUCUUUAAUAGAGAAUCUACUUCCUCAGAAUACAGAGUCUACAGUUGUGCAGAAGGAAAGAACCGUGUUUCUGUCCCCUAAGCUGAAGCAGCUCCUGGAGAAGCAGGAUGGCCUUAAACCCACACUCGCCCUCAUCACAGAUGGCCAAAAGCCUUGUUCACCUGUCUCUCUGUCUGUCCUGCCUGCCGGAACAGGAAGGUUUAAAAGAAGGACUGGAUCUCCACAAAGCUCUCCACAGCAAAACCCAACAACUAACGAGGAAACGCCAAUGCCAGACACGGGAGAUUGUGAUGCUGUAAGUGUAGGACAGACGGAGACCCAGCAUAGCUCACCUGUGCACCAAACAGCCAAUGAGAAGGAUAACACAACUGUAUUUGUAGAGGAACCAGCAGUGAAUGCUGUCUUAACAGAGAGCUGGCCCCCUAUGACUGGCGGUAAUUCCUGUAACCAGCAACCACUGGAUCUCUCCAAUACAGUCAAAAGAAAUGAAGAUGAAGCUUUGGCCGAUGCCGUGCUGGAUUUAAGUUUGCAAAAAAGGAGCCUAGAUGAAUCUGAGCUGCCAUCAAAUUUAGUUUUACAGGCAGUUUUGAAAGAAGGAAGAUCGAAUACAAGCAUGGCGGAGAAGGCCUUAAUGGAUAUUGCAGAGCAAAAUAUAAGCCUAGGGAAUCCUGAGACCCCUUUAGUCACAGACUUCGCGAUAGUUACAGGAUCAGAUAUGGUGACCCCCGUGGAGUCUGUUGGGGAAGGACUUGUUUAUGGGCUUGCACUUCCCUCCAGUUCUCUCACUCCAUCAUCUGCCUCCCUUACCUCUGUUGCCUUGCAGCCAGCUUCACCGUGCACUAUAGCAUUUGCUUCCCCAGCCUCACACACAGUGCUCCCCACUGCUCCUUCAUUAAUUACAGUUCUGGCACCACCACCGCCCAUUUCUAACCCUUCAAGCCAACCAAUCCAAGUAUUAGCUCCAAAUAUAUCUCCUGAGCCCUUGGUAAUCUGCACAGAAAAUGCAUUAAAUUCCUCAGAGUGUGAUUUAACUACUGCAUUUACCACUGCGAAUUCUGCAAACCUUGUCGCUCUCUCACAACCCCUUGACCCGACUCUAAAUCUACCUGGCCAUGUGUUUCUCACCGAUCAAAUUGCCCUCAACCCCCCUUUAGUUGAAUCCACUCCUGUGUCAGACGUGCCAUUCACACCCACUGUAACUUUAAAUGAUUCCCUCAUUAACUCUUACAACAUUACAAGCAACACUGUGUUGAUAGAGUGCACAAUAGCUCUUGAAGGCCCAGGGAGUGUUGUCCCUGCUGCAAUUACCUUACAAGAAAACACUGCUGAGCCUCCAGCACCUACGCAGAUGGUUGUUAAUCACAUAGAAGAGCAACAGAUUGUAUCAGUACCCAGCCCUCCAACUGCGGAUCCCACUAUUCUUGUAUCCUCCAUCGCAGAAUCAGUGACUCUGUCCACCACCACCUCACUGAUAUCUGAUUGUCCUACAGUGGGUGAAUCAAAUCCUGACCCAGAACCGGUUGUUAAAUCAGAGCCACCAACCACAAAAGAGGAGGAACCUGCUGACGUUUCUGUUUCCCCACCCGAAACCUCUAAAUCUGAAACCUCACACCCUUCUGAGAAAGCUGACGAGGAAGAAUCCUCAGGUAGUUCACCUAGCGAUGCACAACAGCAGACUUUCACCAAGAACUUCAUCUGCAAUGUGUGUGAUAAGCUUUUCCAUUCAAUGAAAGAACUAGGCCAUCAUGUAGGUGACCAUGCUGAUGAAUGGCCCUACAAAUGUGAGUUCUGCGUGCUGCUCUUUGGUAAGCCAUCCGCUCUGCUUGACCAUCGAUCAAGCCUCCACGGUGUCGGCAAGACUUAUGUUUGCAGUGCAUGUACAAAAGACUUUGUCUACCUUUGCAAUCUGAAACAGCAUCAGGAAGAAUUACAUCCCGGUCAGCAGUGUACAUACACAGAAGAAGAAAAGGGAAAACUACGACCUCAGAACUACAACAACUCAACGAAAGUCAACACAGAGCCCUCAGAGCCUGAUGCUCCAGAGGAACCCAAGAAAUUGGUGAAAAAGGAAGAGAGUGAGGUGGAUGUGGCUGCUGAAGAACUGUUUACAACAAUAAAAAUCAUGGCCUCAGAUGGAGGCAAACUCAAAGGGCCUGAUGUUCGACUUGGCAUUAACCAGCAUUAUCCCAGCUUUAAGCCUCCUCCAUUUCCUUACCAUAACAGAUCACCCGCUGGCUCACUGGCUUCAGCCACAAACUUCACUACCCACAACAUCCCACAAACAUUUAGUACGGCUAUACGAUGCACCAAGUGUGGGAAAAGCUUUGAUAACAUGCCAGAGCUACACAAGCACAUCCUGGCUUGUGCAAACGCCAGCGAUAAAAGGCGGUACACACCCAAAAAGAAUCCCAUCCCACUACGCCACUUUGCAAAAACUCAAAAUGGAGUGCUGUCUACAACUAACUCUACUAAUGAAUUUAAUGCUUCAAACAGAGCCAGCCAGUCAAACAGGUCCAAACCUCAUCAAGAAUCACCAGUUAAGAUGAAGUUCAAAGUGCUAAACAAAAGGAAGAAAAAGUUGGUACAAAGGGUCAUGCCUCAGAGGAACAAGUCAGCCCCUUCAUCAAAUAAAGUGUCAUCUUCACAGGUUAAUGAGCAGCAGGAGAUAUUUGUCUGCCCACACUGCAGCAGGGAGUUCACAAUGCGUCGCAGCAGAACCAAACAUAUGGCGGUCUGCCCCAAGAAGCCUAAAGAGGUGAAGAAAAGGAAAGAAGGGGGAAUCUCUGUGACCAAGGAGAACGAUGGCCACCUGCGUAGAGGGGUCUCUCACGUCGAAGAGAAACAAGUCUCACCUCAGCAUAAAACUAGACUCCAGACUUCUGGCCAUGCUAAGAGGCCCGCCAUCCUGCCAGUGCAAACUGUCUUUUCAAACAAAAGAAGUAAAAUAAUCAUAAAAGAGAGCACGCAACCAAAAACUGAGACACCCACUCUGAAUGAACUUCCCAUUGCUCGCACUUUCAACCCCUCGAUGCGCCAGUAUACCAGAGUGCAGCAUAACGUCAAAGGCAUCCCCAUUAAAAUCACCAUAGUGAAACCACAACAGGCCGAACCACAGAAGGAUGAGCUGCCUCCCGCUCCGAGCCGAGAAGAAGCAACCGGAGCCAUCACCAGCAGCUCUGAGCAGAGCGCUUCAGCUUGAAGAAUAUUCAGCGGGCCACCAGAGGAUCUUCAGGACUCUGCUGUGUGGAACUUCAGUGAUAUUAAAAGGAGAUAACUGCUUCUCACACUGUAAACUGGACACGGACUCAGAUUGCGUUAUACUGUACUUUAAAUGACUGAGUUGAGGAUGGAUAAAACACACGACUAAGGAGACUGCAGUGAGUGGAUGUAUUCAACUGAGUAUUUGAAUGCUUUUGUAGUUGCUCGGAGUUUUGUAGCUUCCUCCUUCAUUUCGUAAACUUUUUUUGUCAAACGGCUUGGAUUUGCACUUUGAAGUUAAUCUGACUGCUACAUGUCACAAAUUGGAAAGGAAGUGGGAGGAAUUGAGCUGGAAGGCUGCUCUCAUUUCCUACUCGGCGGGCUACUUAGAGAGGAUGGCAGGUGGCAAUCAUUUUCAGCAUGCAUUUGCACUUUUCCUUAUCUGUUAUCUGUGGCCUUUUGGUUUACAGUCUUACUGCAUGCUGUGAGCUUGUACUACAGCUAAAUUCAUUUAGGAAGGAUUAUGUUGAUGCAGUUAGGCCUUAAACACUGAAUCUGAGGUUGCAUAAUUAUAGUAUAGUGUACUACAGUGUAACAUUGGCCACAAGCUACCUGUCAAAAUUCAUGUUAAGGAUAUCGGCACUGUCAAUUAUUAGAGAAGUCAGCGUUUUCAUUAUUGAUGUGAAUGCAACAUUUGGUAGAAUUAAUGCUGCAGCCUUUGCAAAUCAAAAUUGUAUAUAAUCUGGUUGGCCCAGUUGCUAUGUAUUUGUAUGGAAGUUAUCAGUUUUGAGAAUAAUGAUCUUUACUGUUUGUGCCAUCAAAUGUAUAUGACAUGGUUAAAUGUGGCAUAAAGAUGAUGAAGAAUGAACAUAGUUGUUUCCCAAGUGUAGAAUUUAUUAAGGUGGCCGACCCAAAUAGAUGAUUUUUUUUUUUGUUUGUCUCUUCAGAAGUCUGCGUGGAAGUGCAGAUGUGUAAUUACAUCUAAAAAGAAAAAUUACUUCCUUUUGCAGCCGAAUGUUGUAUGUUGGAUUUCGUUGCUGAUGGGCCACCACAAAUAAAUUCUCAAUGUGAAGAAAAACACUGCAGUUUGAUGUAUUUGCACUGCAAUCCCAAACAAAUUACUAUGUAAUUUUCUGUAUGGUUUGGAUUCAUUGCUGCCACAUUUACAGUAAUAAGACUUCAAUUCUAAACAGCAUCGGCUGAGUCGACUCCAGCGCUUGGCUUCUCUGCAUUUUUUUCUGAAAUUUAGAAACAUUUACAACAGUCCAGUUUGCUUUUAGGCUUUAUUUUGCACCUGUUUCACAAAAUGCUUGUCAAAAAUAUGAUUUUGUGUGGUUUUCUUUCCAAAUCAAUGACUAGAAAUUUUAAUGUGAGAAAUACAGUCUAUUUAGGUCUUUGUCAUCUGUAGAAUACAAGCACUUCAUCACUGCUUAAAUUCUGUGUAACAGUUGUCAACACUUUGUUGUGUCGUGUGUGUAUAAUGAAUUCCAACAUGUAUAAAUCUCAAAAUGGAAAUGUAAGAUCGAUUAUGAGGUAAUUUUUGCUGGAACCCCGUACUGGAAUAUGAAAACGAUGAUGGCAAGUUGUAACUAUUGUCAGAGUGAGUGUAAUGAAUUGUAUCUGUUUGCUUAUCAUAAGCUACAGGUGUUAAGUUCAAGUGCUACACAGGGUAAUUAUUUCAUUAUGAUUUAAAUGAGUUAACUUAAUUUGAACUAAAACUUGCACUUGAGAAGUUGACAAUGGUCUGUAUCUGAGAGCGAGUAAUGGUACUUUUGUUUUACAUUUUUGCCUUUUCAACCCUUGCUGGUAAUAUUUUCCUCAUGCAGACAGACUGCAGUGUGUUGGAUGUACAGGAUGAUUUGGAAGACUGUUAUUUAACUGUGAAAAGUGCUUGUAGCAUUUCAAAGUGUAAAUUAAGUCAUGUAUAUUUAUUAAUAAUUUAAAAUUAUGUUCUCAAUCUCUGAAAAGUUCCUCUGUAUGAUUUGCACUAAAGUUUUUUCAAGCGAGUGUUCAAAAUAAAUGGAGAAUGUUAAAGUUA